AUGGACCCCGGAGCCCGGCCUGCUUCCUCUGAAUCACAGCGGGUGCGGUUCGAGCUGCGGUCCGUUCGGCUGAUGGUGACGACGAUGAUGAUGGUAACAGUGCUGAUGAAGAUGAUGAUGGCGGUGUGCAACACCAUGCUUUCCCCGCUGCUCCCCGCGCUCUGCCUGCUCUGCUUUGUCCAGAGUUCGUCGACCUUCCUCGUCUCCGUGAACGACGACGGUUUGAUCGUGGCGGCUCUGGAGCACUCAGACCUGCAGGAGAACGUGACGGCCUACGCUGCCCAGGUCUCUGGAGAACCCAGACUGACCCUGGUCCAAUUUGUGAACUCCAGCGAGCCGCUGCUCUUCAACACGUCCUUCCACGGUCUCUGCUACACUGUGGGACUGCUGGUCAAACUGGGACAGAGCUGGUCCAGACCAGUCAAGACCGUGCCCGUCCUCACCAAGCCCCUCCCCGUCCGCAGUGUUCAGAUAUCAGACUAUAAAGAGUCUCCAGAGACAGGUGUGGUGUUUGAGAUCGAGCCUCCGGCAGGAAACGUCUUCAGCAGAGUCAACAUCAGCUUCAGUGAGGGACAGGAGCGACGCUCCAUGCUCUAUAAAGACUUCUACAAAGGGAAGACGGUGUUCAAACACUGGUUACCGGGGGUGUGUUACCGGAACAUCACCUUCCAGCUGAUCUCUGAGGCCACCGUGUACCAGACUGCUCUGGUUGCACACAGUGACAUCACACACACACCUGUUCACCACAGGACAGUGCCCUACCCCCCCCUCAACAUUUCCCGUAAGAUCGUGCACCUGAGCCAGAGGGCGGGUCCAGGUGAGGCCCCCAACACGGUCCCUCCUGAGGGGAACCAGGAGAGUGGGCGGGGCUCCCGUCGAGCCCGGGACGUCCCGCUGAUGGAGGAGCAGGAGGAGGAGAUGCACACUGACGACAACUCUGAGGAGGCGGCAGGAGUUUCCACCCAGAUUGCCUUCAACCCCCCGCAGAACCUGACGGGGCCCACCGCUGCCCCCGACCGGACCCCCAACCAGACUGCGGAGACUCAGAACUACUGGCUGGACCCCACUGACCCGUCUCCGGCCGACAGGGAGGAUGAGUUCGUCAACGCCGUGGUGUCGGAGUACGAGGACUCCAAUGAGCCGGGGUCAGCCAUGGGUCUCCCCUCCGACCCCCCCGUCCUGCCCACCAGACUGCCCCCCAUCCUGCUGGAGCUGCGCUGGCUGCCCCCCAGACCCCCCACCAGCUACGACGGCUUCAACAUCUACAUCUACAGAGACGGGAAUUCGACAGAAACAGCGACUGUGGAUGAAAACACUCAUGAGUUCUUCACUGAACUCACGGAACAAGGAACGUACCGAGUCCAGGUCGCCACCCUGAGCUCGUCUGGAGACUGUGAGGCCAGAGAGAGCGCCGCCGACACCGGGUUCACCUUCUACCUCGGUCCUGGUGGCGAGCUGCUGGAGGAGCUGAGGGAGCGUCCUCAGGCCGUCAGCGUCCGGCUGCUGGAUUCCAGCACCGCCGCCGUGUCCUGGGCCUCGUCCUCCGAGAGCCACAACGGCAGCCUGGUGUCAGUGGUUUCUACGACCUGCCUGAGACCCAGUCUGAGCCAGAGGAUGGAGAACACCUACUGCAGCGAGGAGAACUCGACGAGUGAUGUCAUCUCUAACCUGACCCCCGGCGCUCAGUACAGGGUGGUGGUCUAUCACACCAACGGACCCCUGAUCAGCCCUCCGUCUGAGCCCGUCAUCAUCGACAUAGAGCCCACUGGCGUGCGGGAGCUGGCUGUUUACCCUCUCAGUCCCACGGCGGUCAUCCUCAGCUGGCAGCGUCCGUACCACGUGGCGUUCAGGAAGUACAUCCUGCAGACCUUCUUCUUCAACCCCGUCACUCUGGCCUCGGAGUGGACCACCUACUACGAGAUUGCCGCCACCGCUUCCAUCAUCGCCUCCGUGAGAGUCACUGACCUGCUGCCCGCCUGGUAUUAUAAUUUCCGUGUUUCCAUGGUGACGUGGGGCGACCCGCCACUCAGCUGCUGCGACAGCUCCACUGUGAGCUUCGUCACAGCCCCGGAGGCUCCUCACAUCUCCUCGGUGGAUUACUCUCAUGGCGUUCUGUACGUUCGUUGGACGUACGGUGAACUGUUCAUCGACCUGUCACACUCCAGGAUGCUGCACUGGCAGGUGGUCGCCGUCGGCAAGAAGGGACCUGAGAAGAGCUACUCCAUCGACGUGACUCGUAACGCGAUGCGGGCCAGCCUCCCUCUGCCUCCAGGUGACAUCUACAACCUGACGGUGACGGCGUGCACCGAGCGCAGCAGGAACACCUCCAUGCCCAACAUCAUCAAGCUAGAACCGGCUCCUCCCAGGUCUCUGUACGCCGUCAACGCUACGCACUCGUCCGUGACUCUGCUGUGGACCGAGGAGGGAGUGGUCGACUACUACCAGGUCCUGUGUCGACCCAACAAGGCCAGCAAGGAGCUCAAGGCCCGGGAGCCUCAGGUGUCCAGCUCUCACGUGGUGACGGUUUCUGGUUUGAUACCCUCGUCUUCCUACAACUGCACCGUCACCAGCUUCAGCUACAGCACGCCCAGCAAACCUGCUCACAUCAGCAUCUCCACCACAGCUAAAGAGAUGAACCCCAGCGUGGCGGCGAUCUCGGCUCUGGCCGUCCUCAGCAUCCUGCUCAUCAGCCUGCUCGUCCUCUUCCUACUCGUUCUCCGUAAGAAACACCUGCAGAUGACCAGAGAGUGUGGAGCUGAGACCUUCGUCAACUUCGCUUCGUUUGAAAGAGACGGGAAACUUCCUUACAACUGGCGAAGAAGCCUCUUUGCCUUCCUUACCCUACUGCCAUCCUGCCUUUGGACUGACUAUCUUUUGGCUUUUUAUAUUAAUCCUUGGAGCAAGACAGCUUUAAAGAAACGGAAGCUAACAAGUCCGGUGCAGCUCGACGACUUCGACGCCUACUUCAAAGAAAUGAGCAAAGACUCCGCCUACAAGUUCUCUCUGCAGUUUGAGGAGCUGAAGAGCGUCGGCCUCGAUCUUUCCCAUGAUGCAGCUGACCUGCCCGUCAACAGACCCAAGAACAGAUACACCAACAUCCUCCCCUACGACUUCAGUCGAGUGAAGCUGAUCUCGAUGCACAACGAUGAAGGUUCAGACUACAUCAACGCCAACUACAUACCUGGAUACAAACAUGCUAAAGAGUACAUCGCCACUCAGGGUCCUCUGCCUGAGACCCGCAAUGAUUUCUGGAGGAUGGUUCUGCAGCAGAAGUCUCCCAUCAUCGUCAUGCUCACUCAGUGUAACGAGCGACGGAGGGUGAAGUGCGAUCACUACUGGCCGUUCACAGACGAGCCGGUGAUGUACGGAGAGAUCAGUGUGGAGAUGCUCUCUGAGUCCGAGUCUCCAGAGUGGACCAUCAGGAAGUUCAGACUGGGAUAUGCCGACGAGACUCAGGACGUCCUCCACCUGAACUACACCUCGUGGCCGGAUCACGGCGUCCCAACGGUCAACGCCAUCGAGAGCAUCCUGCAGUUUGUCCACAUCGUCCGUCAGCAGGCCAACAGGACCAAAGACCCCAUCGUAGUCCACUGCAGUGCUGGAGUGGGCAGGACCGGGACCUUCAUCGCUCUGGAUCGUCUCAUGCAGCACAUCAGAGAGCACGAGUUCGCCGAUAUCCUGGGGAUGGUGUCAGAGAUGAGGUCACACCGUCUGUCCAUGGUCCAGACCGAGGAGCAGUACGUGUUCAUCCACCAGUGCGUCCUGUUGAUGUGGCAGAAGAAGAAGCAGCAGUCCAUCACCUCUGAUGUCAUCUACGAGAACGCCAGCAAGACAUAAUGAUGAGAGUCCUCCAGACGCUGUGAACACGCCCGACCUCCUGUGCUUCAGGCAUCCAUUCUCUGCAGAAGAAGAUUCGCUUCAUCAUCAGUAUCAAAAAUAAAACAAACAUCUCAACGACGCCAGAGGAAAAAAUGGAUCCAGUUUUUUGUUUGAAUUAGUGUUAAAGCUCGGGGGACGGAGUUCUGCCUUAAGGAGCCUUCACUGACUGACCGACAUGUUCGACCACAACCCGCCCUCUGAACUGGACUGACUCACGUCAACGUGGGGCGGGGGGAGCGUUAACCGGCUCCGUCUGCUGAUUGGACGUCUGCGCUGUGUCCGUCCUCGUUCAGACGACGAGUGGGUGGAGCUGAGUCAGCAGUUUCUCAUUUUAUUUAUGUUUUUAAUCUCAGGAGUCGCUGAAAAACCAGCAAGCACAUCGGCCUCUUCCUCCUCCUCCUCCUCCUCCUCCUCCUCCUCCUCCUCAUUGGUUAGUCUGUGUGUUCACCUUCUGCAGCUGCAGCCGUCCUGGUUGUAGAUACGUCACACACUGCCAACACACAAACACUGGACUGAAACAUGUCGACGAUUAAACUCCAACAGCGCUAACAUGCUAACGAGCUGCCAGGACCGCUGCACAGGAAACACUCACUGAAUCAACCCAGCAGGCGUUCGACAGAAGGUCGAGUUUGGACCAACGAUGAGCACAAAGUUUAAAGUCUCCACAUGCUGACGCUGCUUUUUAAUUUGUGAAUUAUUUGCUGUUUUUUAAUCAAACACUAAAAACGACUCAAAAUGUUUUGGAGGAACUUCCUGUUUCAGUCCAGGGUGAAGACGCCAACACUGACAAAAAAUAUCUUGGAGGUGAAAUCACCCUUUAGUUUGAACUUGCUGAAAGUUUCAGAUUUAAAGCAGCAGAAGAAGAAAACUUUGUCCUGGUUUCUCUGAACGCAUCGACACGUUUUUAUUUGGUCGAAUCAACGUCGAACACGUGAAUGUUUGCUGGUCUGCACAAAACUAAAGGGCACAAAACAGUGGAAGGGAACGGACGCCUUUCUGUGGAGCGCCGCCGUCCCGCCAUCAGAGGCCAGUUUAGAGACUGUGGUCGUAGAGCUGUAGUUUGUAUUUGCACUGAGGACUCGGAGCUGCCGACUGAAGAAGGGAAGAGUUUCUGUUCAGACGUGUCGCUCCACGUCCGUCCUCUGCUCUGAUGAAGGACGAGAGGUUUGUGAACAAUCAGCAGAGAAAUGAUCGUAUCUGACGUCGCUCACCUGGAGACGGACGAGAGACUGUUGCUCGGUGAACUGCCAAAACCACUAAGACGUGACAUCAACACCUGAGAUCAGGUUUCCCGCUCUGAUUCUGAAGGCGGGAAAUGACAGAAACAUAUCUACUCAUCAUCUCUGGAGCCGUUCAGGGGCCCAGACAUCAUUUCUGUUCUCAAAAUAUCAACAUGUAAACACUUAAUAUCAAUUUAAUAAAACUCUGUCAAACAUACAAAAAACAAAACGUUUACAUUUUAACUUUGAGACACAUUCACUGAUUUUGUUGCAGCGCCCUCAUUUUUUUAUUUUUUGUUAUGAUCAAAAAUUUGUUUCCACAGCAAAUAUAUUUAAUCCUCAGACACUAUUCUAAACUUCAAAUGUAAUAUUUCUCUACACUUUUCAGAUCAUUUCUGAAAAUGAAUGGUGAAAGUAACAAAUUGGUUUAUUUCCGACAUUAUACAGCUGGAUUGAUUUUAAAUAAAAAUCUAUCAAUUUAAUUAGACACACAUUAGAUGGAAAUUGAGUUCAGUGUCCCGUUUAAUAAAAUGUAGUUUUCCACAAUUUUCAUUUAAUUCACAAUAUUUGAUAUAAUUCCCCAAAUACCAAUAAAGUGACCAUAAAAUUCAUGUUCAAACUUUAUUUAUAUAGUUUGUCCUACAUUUACAUUUGAAAUGAAAAUUUUAAUAUUGAGCCCAGGUUUGCUUUUACAAAAUUUGGGCUAAUCAUCAGUCCCACUGUUUUUUAAUCUGUAAUGUGUUAAAUGCAACAACACGGUUGUGGCAUCAGAAACACUAACAUCUGUGACCUUAACAUUUUUAUAAUGCUGCUACAUUUAGGUCAUAAACCCAAAAUGUGUUAUUGCACUGCUAACUAAAUUAUUUUUAUCUCCUAUAUUUUGUGAAUUAAUCUUCCAAAAGAAUCUAUAUUGAAAUAUGUUGUAGUGACCUCAGAAAUGAUGUAAUAAACACCAGAUUGUGAGAUUGAUUUUGAUGCAGAGCCUGUAAAUCAACAUGUAAUUUGGUUUGUGAGAGUCUGGGUGUGAUUCUCUCACAUUGUUGGACAGUUAAUGAAAUUUUUGGGCGUCGUAACAGAAUCAGUGAGUGUGAUAUUAAAAAUAAACAGAAACCUAUUAGAGUUUACACUGGGUUUUUCUGGGGCCCCUAGUGGCCCCUGGUUUGAUCCCGGCUCGGGUCAGCUCUCCACAUCUGUCUUGAACUCACGACUUCUGUACAGAAACUAGUCGUGAAGCCGUUCGUCUGCUCGUUCAUCAUAUCAGAGUUAUUAACGAUGAUUUGUCAUUUUCCAUCUUUCUACUGAAGAUUUGACUGAAGGCCAAAAGAAAACUCACAUCUGUCACUUCCUGUUGACUGUAGAGAAUGUCUACUGAACAGACGAGUGGUCGACCUUUAACCUUUUACACUCCAUUCAGGAUGUACAGGGUGUCGUCAAAAUAAGAGCACAGCACAACACCGUUCCCUUCAGUCCAAUAUAAAAUACAUUUUCCUACAUUUAUGGUGUUUGUUUUAAAUGCACGUUACAAAUAAACUUGAUUUGAUUGAUUUAAACAGAUAAGAUUUAGUUCUGACACCAGCGUUUACUCAGCACCUCAGUAAACGCUGUCAGACUUUUCUGUAGAAAUAGUUUUACUUUGGAAAUACAGUUUCCUAGAAAAACUAUUUUGUUUUAGUCAAAUUUUGAUAGUUUUUCUUUAAUUGACUAAUUUCUCCAAUAGAUCAGUGUUUAAUAAAAUACAGUAUUAAAUUGUAUAAUACUAUAAGUACAUUAAAUUAAGAUUUUAAGAAAUACAUUCAUCCAAUUAUAAUUUUAAUCUCAAAAUUUGAUAUAACAUCCCCAAUUAGUAAAAUAUUGUAUUACACCCCUCAAAGUUUUUAUAAAUGCACAUUUUUUAUCGAACUCUCCAACUUAAUGCUAAUUUUAAAAAACUGGUUUGGAACCCAAAGUAUUAAAUUUUAAUAAAAGAAAAAGCUGUUUCGUUAUUUUGACGACACCUUGUUUGUAAUUUGUAGAAAAUUUUAAUUAACGAAUGUUUGUAAAGAAGUCGUCUGACACGUCAGUGUUGACCUGUGAAAUGAUUCGUCCUUGUUGCCUUGCGGUUCAAACACCUGAAGUCUGUACCUGUUCUCCGUCUCGGACCCUCAGAGGUUCGGUACUUUGGUCGCCACUCGAUCUGAACUAGGUUUCAUUUCACUAUUAGAUAUCAAAUGUACUGUACAUACUACUACUGCUUAACUAUUCUGUUUCUACUCGUCAUUACAAAGUAAUUCUUGUGGAAAUGUUGCUUUAGAGGUUUGUUUUUUAAAAGUUGUUGUAUAUGUGAAUCAUCAUUACCUGAGCCAGAAGCUUCGUUCUCUCAUCACUACAAUGGUUCGGGUUCUCGGGGCGUCAGCGUCGACGUGAACGGACAAACACGUGUUUGGAGAACUUGUCUGUGGCCGGAGAAACACUCUUUGGUUCAACUGUCACAAGAAAAAAGAAAAAAAGAGAAUAAAAACUGACAGACAACCUGCAGACAAUGUCCUGACGCUCAGCACUGUACACUCUUCUACAAUUCUUUCUCUUGCUUAGUGUGUGUCCAGUCAAACUUGUACGUCAUUGGUGCCAUUCUUGUGCAUUGUGUCACUUAAAAUUUGAGGGAUGAUCCUGAACUCGGAUCAUCAUCACAGAGUUUUAAUGUGUGUGUGUUGGAACAAAAUAAAAUGUUGCAGUUA